AUGGCGACGGCAAGUACUAUCAAGCUCGAUACCGGAUUGCAGCCGGAGUUCUUUGUCAGGGGGAUUACGGAUGAGAGCGCGAGGGUUACGAGUGAAUUAUUGCAGGAGAACCAUGAUAAGCAUCAUAUCUUCUUCAACCAAAGUGGCUUUCAUAACCAUAUCGUACAUCAUCUCCUGACGCUCUUUGCUCUCAAGGCUACGCCGGAGGAGAUCAAGCGCGCGUACAAUGACAACAAAUAUUACCAACGUCCGCCAGUCGACCUGAAGAAAGAGAUAGUAAAUGAUAUGCAUAAUCCGGAGAGGUACAAGACAUACCUAGGAAAAGAAAAGUACUACCAUGAUUUCCUCCAGUACUUCCAGGAAGAGAUUGGCAGGAAGGGUUGGGAGACCGUGUUGAAUGACGAACUCUUCAAGGGCGACGAGCGAGCAGACGACCUCCUCGCUCGCCUCUUCGCAGGCUUCCUCCACCCCAUCAUACAUCUAGGCUUCGGCAUCGAGCAUAGACAAGAGGCUCUCAUAUCCGAGGCCCUCGCCCAAGCGGCGAUCCACGACGGUUGGAUGGCGCCCUUCUUCUUGGACGCCGAGAAGGCCGCAAAGGCGAAUGCAGCGAAGCCGCAGGACACGAAGACCAUUGUGCAGCUCCUCAAUGAGAUUCGCGCAGACAAGAAACUCUCCUCUGCAGCGCACUGGGAAGACGGAAACAAAAUCCGCGAUGGCAUCUUAAAGCGCGCACCGGAUGAGAUGCUCAAGUACGCGAGCCAGUACGUCGUCGACGAGUCUCAGCUCGAAGAGAAAACCGCGGAAAUGAUCAACGCGGUUGUCUUCUACACCGCGGCAGCCCAACACCCCCCCUCUAUCCCCAAGUUCGACUUCUACUACAUCCACGUCGUGAAUUGCAGUAUCUUCUUCUCCACUUUCCUGUCGCUUUCCUGUCUCACACCAGCCACGAAGGUCCGCCUGCUAGAAUGGAAAGUCCGCAACAGCCUUGCCAUGUAUGCUUCGCGCGCCUCGCCUCCUCUCCUGCACGAAGAAAUUGCGAGCUACAAACCCGCCGACGGUGAUGACUCAUGGGACAAAGUUAUCAAGAGGGUGAACGCGCUCUCUGAUGACGGGCACGCCAGUAAACUCGUGCGCGCAUUAGCGCAUGGUGAGCAAGUGUAUAAGAAAUUCGAGGGUAAGGAUGGCUUUGUCGUGGAGGGGGAUAUGUGGAAGAGGUUGGGAAAUAUGGCGAUCGACAGUGUGGAGGCCGGGGGGCCGACGUGGGUAAGGAGUGCUGGAUUUGAUGAGGCAUGGAGGGACGUGCCGAAGAGGAAGUUCUCGAAGGUUUGA